AUGAUCGCAACUGGUGUUUGUGGCGUCGCGCUGGUGCUGGUGUUGGUGGUUCUUAUACCGGUCGUGGUGAACUCCGCCGGGACUCCUGCCCGCUACGAGAUGCUCGGGUCCUGCCAAAUGGUUUGUGACUCCCACGGGACCACAGCCACGGCCGCGGCCAAGACGACCAACCCGAUCAAAGACAACCGUCUGGUUCAGUCGCUUCCAACGUUCAUCCAAGGUCCUCAAGGAGAGCCGGGACGCGUGGGGAGGAUGGGUCCCAGGGGCCCGAUUGGCGAGCCCGGGCCGCCUGGACCUUUUGGUCCGCCCGGAGAGAGAGGGGCACCUGGUCCUCCGGGUCCACCCGGUACACCCGGAAUAAAUGGACCCACCGGUGCCAUCAGCGCCGCCACCUACAACACUAUCCCAAAGAUUGCAUUUUAUGCAGGACUGAAAAAGCAACAUGAGGGAUAUGAAGUGCUAAAAUUCGACGACGUAGUCACAAAUCUCGGCAAUCACUAUGACCCCUCAACAGGGAAAUUCACCUGUUCAAUACCAGGGAUUUACUUCUUUGUUUACCACGUGUUGAUGCGAGGCGGGGAUGGAACCAGCAUGUGGGCCGACCUCUGUAAAAACAACCAGGUGAGAGCCAGCGCCAUCGCCCAAGACGCCGACCAGAACUACGACUAUGCCAGCAACAGUGUAGUUUUACAUCUCGAGCCCGGAGACGAGAUUUACAUCAAGUUGGACGGCGGAAAGGCGCACGGGGGCAACAACAACAAGUACAGCACCUUCUCUGGCUUCAUGUUGUACGCUGAUUGAAACAAGGGAAACAUCCGCUCUGCAUAUACUUUGCUUCACUGCUCAUCCUCGAUUCAAUGUCAGUUGGAUUAUUAGAGACAGUGUUCACCAUUUUCCAUAUUGCAAACGAAUCAAGAUGCUGAGGAAGUCAUGCGUAAAAAGAAAAUAACUGUACAGUGUAAUUACAGAAUUACAAUGAGUUUUAAUGUAUACAGCUAUGAACUGUACUCCUGUCGGCUUGAUUAGUGUCGCUACUGCACCCUGAAUUAACUGUUCUGCAUUACAUAUUAAGUUUGCUGAUAUGUCAAACAUACUGUAGCUGCUGUUGUAACACAUACUAAGUGUUGAUUCAUUGUAUUGACCUGUAGCACUCAAUUAUACAAGGUAAAGUUAUAUGCACAUAUUCACCAAUCUCUUUACAAUGUUGUUAAUCCAUAUUGGUGCUUUAAUUUAAAAAAAAAAAAAAAAGGUACCUGUUGCAUUUUGAGUGAAAAUGUUAAAAGAUGUAAGUGAUGCAUGAUUAUAAAAGCUGACAUUUUAACUCUGCACAGCGUAAAAACACUUUAAAGAGAAAAUAAUUCUGUAAAUGUGUUGACGCACUGUCACAAAAUGAUCACUGUAACUCAUUUUUCUUGUCUGUCUCAAUAUGACAGCUGGUUGGAGCGACAGGGUAGUUUGGUGGUUAGUCACCAUCAUAAAACUGGACAGUCACACUGACAGCAACAUUCACUUGAACUGGAUGACAGACAUCGAUCCGCCUGCUAUUUGUUGAGCCACUCUAGGUAUGAUUGUCAGCUAGAAUGUAAAAUAUGAUGUUAAAUUAAAUCCCCUGGCUUUACUUCCUAAUCGUCUCGGAAGAUUAAUCAAAAGUUACAGUUUUUCAUGGUGCACAGUCAGCUGUGGCGAUCACGCCAUUGAUCAUGGUGUGAAGUCACCCUGUGAAGCCACCUGUUUCCCAGAUGAGAGGAGAAUGUGUCCUUCAUCUGGGCCUCCACUAGACACCCACUGAGGGGCAACAGGACAACUCAUCUAACACAGCCGCAUUGUGUCGAGAGCAGAGCGGCAUACUGAUUACAAACACACUCAUUAUUUUCCUUCCAUGUUUGCAGAACUGUCACUUACAAAUACAAAGAAAGCAGCCACUACAUUGACAUUGAAAAAUCAAUUAGCACCACUGUAGACAAAACCUCAAGAGUGAGGAAAAUAUUUGCCUUCGAUUGUAUUCAUAUUUAUGUGGACAAACAAAAGCUUUUUUUUUGUUGUUGUUGCCAAAACAAGACAGCUAAUGAGAGGCACUGUGAUCCUGCAAGGCUCCUUUAUAUAAUUAGCUUACAAAGUGAAUCAUGUGUAAUCCCAAAUAUAAAAUCAAGCUUGAACCUGUUCAAGUCAGUCUCCAGAAAAACUUUUCUUUUAAGUCAAACGACAACCUGUAAUUACUUUUCAUUCAAAGCUAAUUA